AUGGACCUCAUUUCGAGUCUGGGAGCUUUUCCGGCGUCUUUGCCCGAUUGGACGAACCUGAACGUCUUGCAUCGGAACACUUUGCCCCCUCGCGCCCACUUUUACUCGUACGCAGGCGAAGAGGCCGCCCUCUCGUUCAACCGUGAAGAGAGCGAGCUCUUUAGUCUCAAUGGCAAUUGGAAGUUUCAUUAUGACCAAAGCCCGUUCGAAGCACCCCUUUGGGAGACGGCAAACGUGACCUCGUGGGACGAUAUCGAGGUCCCCGGAAUGUGGCAACGUCAGGGCUAUGGUAUCCCACACUACACCAAUAUCGACUACCCUUUUCCUGUCACCCCGCCCAAUGUCUCAUACAUCAACCCCACUGGGUCAUACUGGCGGGAGUUUGAAGUGCCAGAGGACUGGGAUGACGGCCAACAGAUCCGACUGCGCUUUGAAGGCGUUGAUAGCGCCUUCCACGUCUGGGUCAAUGGCGAAGAAGUCGGCUACAGCCAAGGAAGCCGAAAUUCUCACGAGUUCGACAUCACUGACUACCUCACCCUUGGUGAGGCCAACUCUUUGGCUGCCCGAGUCUAUCAGUGGUCCGAUGGUUCCUAUAUAGAGGACCAAGACCAGUGGUGGAUGUCAGGCAUCUUCAGAGACGUGUAUCUUCUUCCUUUCCCUCGCUCAUCAAUCGUGGACUAUUUCGUCAACACCGAGAUCGACGACUCGUAUGAGAGCGGUACCGUCAAGUUCAACGCGACGAUCCAAGGUGAAGCAGGGAACAUGACUGUAAAGCUUCUUUCUCCUGACGGCGAUGCGCUUGACGAAACAUCUAUUUCGUCUUCCGAGAUCUACGAACACAAGCUGGAUGGAGACGAGUUCCAUCUGUGGUCCGCCGAAACACCAACACUUUAUACUCUUCUGGUCACGUUCAACGGCCGAACCAUCAGUCAGCGAGUUGGGCUUCGUCGCGUUGAGAUAAGCGGUUCCAAUUUCCUCGUCAACGGCAAGGCCAUUACUAUCUACGGCGUCAACAGACAUGAGCACCACCAUAUAUCGGGCAGGACCGUUCCUUACGAGAAUAUGAGAGCCGAUCUCAUCACGAUGAAGCGCUCCAACAUCAACACCAUUCGCACCGCACACCAGCCCCCCCACCCGGACUUUUUCGACGUUGCAGAUGAGAUCGGCUUCUACGUUAUCUCCGAGGCAGACCUUGAGUGUCAUGGCUUCGACACAAUAGAAGAGACGAAGGAGGCAAUGGCGGAGUGGACGUCGCAGAAUCCCGAUUGGGAGGAUGCAUACGUCGACCGAGCUCAUGCAGUUGUCGAAAGGUUCAAGAAUCACGCUUCCGUCAUCAUCUGGUCGCUUGGUAACGAGUGCUUCUACGGGAAGAAUCUGGACGCGAUGGCAAAGUGGAUCAAGCAACGCGAUCCGAGUCGUAUUACUCACUACGAGCCCGACCGCGAAGCCAAGUCUGUCGAUGUCUACAGCCAGAUGUACUCAUCUCCAGAAAGUAUUGUAAAGUUCCUCAGCAACCACACGGACAAGCCUUUCAUUCUAUGCGAAUAUGCACAUGCGAUGGGCAACGGUCCUGGUGGUCUGAAAGAGUACAUUGAGCUCUUCCGAUCCGAGCCCCUGAUACAGGGUGGAUUGGUGUGGGAAUGGAGCAACCAUGGACUGCUGAAGAAAGAAGGUGAUCUCGAGUACUACGCUUACGGCGGAGACUUUGGUGACGAGCCCAACGAUGCCGACUUCAUCAUGGACGGCCUCGUUCUGUCCGACCAUACCCCCAUGCCCUCGCUUAACGAGUACGCCAAGGCAAUCCAGCCCAUUACAGUGAAGCUUUCCGAAGACGGGCACCAGAUGGUCAUUGCCAACCACUUCGACUUCCUCGAUGUUACAGAACUCGAUGCUUCGUGGCACCUUGUCCAGGACGGAAAAGAUCCCACCACUCCUCGUGCCUUGAACCUGCCGAGUAUUCCGGGGGGCGAGCAUCUUGCAUUAGACCUUCCCACAAGCAACUCGAGUUUGUCCGAAGAUGUGUGGGUCACCAUCGAGUUUGUAUUGAAGGACGAUAAAGUUUGGGCCGAAAAAGGGCACGUUGUGGCUUGGGAUCAGCUUCAUCUGGUCGCUCCGGCAGCGGCCAACCAAACAAGACGAUCCGCUUCUCCUAUCAAAACUCGGCAAUCGGAAAGCCUCGACGUCAAGCAGGAGAGAACACAUCUCAAGGUUGAGAAUGGCGGCGCCUCUUUCGACUUUGACCUCCUCCAAGGCAAUGUUACCUGGAAAAUCAACGAUGUCGAUGUCUUCCAGCGCGGACCAGAGCUCUAUUUCUACCGUGCUCUGACCCAGAAUGACGCGGCGAAAUAUGGCGAUGGACCUAUCUGGGAGGAGGAAAGAGUUGGCAGCAUGCAUACGCAGGUUCGCGAUGUUCGCUGGCAAGAAGCGGAAGGCGCCCUCACUGUCAACUACAAGGUCCGAGUUGCGCCCAAGGCUCUUGAAUGGGGCGCCGAAGCAGACUUGACGUACACUGUCUCUUCCGCUGGUCUUACCGUUCACGCCAGUGGCGACUUCGUUGGCAACGUUACCAGAGUUCUUCCUCGCAUCGGCCUCAUGGCUGUAUUGCCGGUCGACUUCGACGAAGUUGCGUGGUUCGGGCGGGGACCUGGUGAGAACUACAAGGACACAAAGGAAGGGUGCCGUAUAGGGCGCUACGAAUCAACAGUGGAGGACCUCUUCACCCAUUAUGACUACCCUCAGGAGAACGGAAACCGGGAGGACCUGCGGUGGCUGCAAGUUACCAACAAUGAGGGCGGCGUCACACUCAACAUUCAAAGGGCCGAGCCUGAGCCUUUCAGCUUCACGGCGUUGCGCUACAUGCCCUUCGAUUUGGACGACGCGAAGCAUCCUCACGAUCUGAAGCCUCUGAACAUGACGGUUCUGCAUCUUGAUUAUGAUAACAACGGGAUUGGCUCUGCUACUGUGGGACCGAGGCCGUUCGAGCAGUACAGAUGCUACACAGAGCCGUUUGACUUUACGUUUGAGUUAAGCAUUUAG